AUGAAGUCCUCAAUCGUUUUCGCCGCCAUCGCGUCCUUCCUUGGCGCCGCUUCGGCUGUUGAUCUAGUCUGCUAUGGCACUGGAGUUCCUUCGCCUAUCAGGAAGGGCGAUAUUGAGUUUGCAAUCAAGAACCGGCCGACUGAGCUGGGCAUUCCCGGAGGCACAAAGUUUACAUAUCGCUUCAAAACUUGCAUCGACCCUGAGAACAGCCCCAAGGAGGUCGCUGUAAUUACAACACCCAGCAUCACGAGAGAAGGAUCGGUCAAGCUGGCGAACGGCGUCAUCGAGUGUAGCACUGACGGGCCCCCGGAUUCCACCUGCUAA